GUAUAAUUAUAUUACUAAAAAUAUAUAUUUAUUAAUUAAAAAAUUGCUUAAUACCAUUAUUUUUACAUGAGUUAUUGAGGGAGUGUACAUUGUGCUAAUUAUUACGUAUACGUAGAUUGAAAAAUGCACAUACAUUUCAAUCUAUAAAUUUGUAUCUUAAAGUUUAUUUUAUGGUUGUAUUUUUUACUAUUAUAUAGAUUAAUGAAUUUUUUAAAAGCAUUUAUACAUUAAUUGCAGAUUGUUUAUUUUUAUUUUUUGUAAAAUAGAAAGGAUUAUUGUAUAGAAAAAAAUGGCGAAAAAUUAAUCAUGACUUUUGCUAUAACUCGAUCUAAUUAUGUCUUAAGGAGAUGAAAGGGAAACCUUUGCUGUGCCCCAUAUAUUAAUUAGCAAAUAUUUGUUGAUAUUUUGCUUAGUGAAUAUGUUUAUUUAAUUAUAAAUAUCUUUUUUAAUUAAUAAAGAUAUAUAUCGAGUAUGUAUGGCGGAAAUUAAAAUGCGAAUAAUUUUAAAAUGAUACUAUAAAAUGGUAAUGAUAUUUUGAUGCAUUCUAAUUACAGAUGAUAUAUUAAUAAUAGACGAAGAUGGUAAGUGGCAUUAUUUCGAGACAUUGCACCAAAAGGAAUCAAAAGAAAAAGACAACUGGGAAGACAAUGAUGAGAAUUUACAAAUUGAUAAGAGUAACAAGACGACUAACGAGGGAAAAGAUCUCAAGCUGUCAAGGAGCAAUAAAUUAAUUUGUUUUACGUGUAAAGGAAAACUCUAGAAGUUAAAAACGUUAAAGUCACAUAAAUCGAAUGAUUGUUAAAAAAUAUAUUGGUGUAGAUAUUGUGGUCACGAAUUUAGUUAUCGAGCUAGUUAUAACAGGCAUAAGAAGAAGAAACAUUGCUUUGCUGCUAAACGUAUCAAUUAGCGAAUAAAAAAAUUUAGUUUUUAAAUAUUUUUUGUAUCCUUAUGGUUGAAUAAUUCUAUGGUUGAACGUUAUUUUUUAAAUCAAGUGCAUAUUAAUUUCAGUCAAGAAAAUAUUAAUAAUGAUAUUACUAUAAGAUUAAAGAGGUUUUUGGUUUUUUAACGUUUUGUUAAGCUGAAUUUAAGUAUUUUAUUUAAGAAAGCUGUUAUAUGUAUUUUUUUUACAUAUUUUUAUAAUUUUUUGAUAAAUUUAAUAAAUUUAUUUUGAUAAAUUUUCCCUGGUUUUUUGGCGAGUGUUGCGUGAGCGAAUUCUGCUGGAAUACCGGUAUUAACAGCGAACCGUGUUGAUUGUUGUGUUGUAGAAUUCCGCACGUCCGUCGUCCGAACGUAUACCUGCGAAUACUGCAGCAAGGGCUUCACCCUUAAGCGCUUUCUUUACGCCCAUCUGAAGAAGAGCUGCUAUUGGAACCCGAGUUCCGAAUGCUACCACGCGCAGAAGUUGAAACCCUUCUCGUGCUCCGGAUGUGGUGCCUCGUAUUCGAAGCAGAGUUCUCUCAAGUGGCACGUGCGUCACGAUUGCGGUAGAACUUUAAAAUGCGACGAUUGCGGCAAGACUUUUUUACAAUCGAACAGUUUGUACAGGCACAAGAAGCUGUCGUGCGUUAUACCACAAGAACAAUCAUAACUCGAGGCGUUGAUUGUAAAAUCCGUAUAAAGCUACUCGGAUUAUUGACUCUGCAUAUGUGUGUGUGUAUAUGAAUAUUUGAUUUGGUUGGACAUGACUGCGAUAUAACUGCAUAAGAUUUCUUUGUACGUUUACUCAUUUUGCUAGUCUUUUUUCAUUUUUCGUUUAGGAUUAAAUGUUUAUUCGUUCCUCGUUUGAUACAUAUGGUUAUAAUUUUUAUGACUGUUUUUAUAUUUUAUAUUUUAUUAAAGCUAUAAUUCUUCUUUGUCAUAUAAAAUAAAUUGAAAAAAUUCUAGACUAUUCAUUGAUUUACCUAAAACACUAUCCGAUUUAUAAUCUUUUUGACAAGUAUACCUGUUUUAUGUUUCAAAGCUACGCUACUAGCGUAAUUUUUCACAUAACAUGCAAAUAAGUUAAAAUGUCACUAAAUAUUCUUGCAUUUUGAAACACAACAAUGAUUCCACCACUAAUGCACAUUAAAUCGAGACAGCCAAUGUGGGAGUAAAUGGCAGUGUGUUUUUCUUCUUCUCGCUGCAAAAACAUCACAUACGAGAGUGUUGGAAACAUACAGCAUAUUUUUCCAGUUUAUUUUGAUGUAACGAACCAGUUCUCUUUUAUUUAGUUUAUUUAUUUGCAUGUAAAAUACAUUUUACAGCUAUUUGUUAGGUUGCUCCUAAUCAUUUGCAGUCGAUAUAUGAAUUUAUUAAGUAUCACAAAAAUAAUUGCACUUAAAUAUCUCUUAUUUUGUAAAUUUUUAAUGAUUCUGAAAUUAUUAAUAACGAAUUUUGUUCACUGUUAAAAAACACCGAUGGAAUAUUGACUAGUGAUUCGCUACACAAGAUUUCUGACCGCAAAUGAUUUAAUUAAAUUGACUUACUUACUUUUGUAACUCACGAGCCGCAAAUAAACGUACUACCUCAAAGAGAUUCGCUUUGUUAACUUUGUGUAUGCUCGCUUAAAGAUACGAACACAAUCGAUUGACGGAACGGUAAUCGUGUUGCAGAAUUGGAGCUAGGCACGAAUAAUUCGACGCGCGGCGAAGGCACCAAGCGAAAGUAUAGUUGCAAGUACUGCGGCAAGGGCUUUACGCAGUCCGGCCAUUUGAGGAGCCAUCAGAAGAGCUCGUGCUACUGGAACCCCAGGUCCACCUGCCAUCAAUCGCAGAAGAUCAGGCCGUUCUCCUGCACGCAGUGCGGCGCCUGUUACUCCAAGCAGUCGCACCUCAUCUUUCACGUUCGGCACGAGUGCGGCCGCACGCAAAAGUGCAACAUCUGCGGCAAAACGUUUCUACACAGCAGCAGCCUACGAAGGCACCGUCAGAGAGCGUGCAAUUUUCAGCUUUGCUAAUGCACGCGUGACGCGUGUACCCCGAAACCUUCGGCCGGAAGACGUUUACCGAAACAAGCCGCGCGAUCUCUUCCCUCAUCAGUAUCUAGAAAGACACACAGCGGCCAGGACGGUUAAUGGUUUUCGAACAUAAUUAUACCAAUUGAAGGGACUUUGCAAUUUGCGGAACGGCAAUGGAGUGAGAGUUCUGGAGUGCUUUGUUCUUAAAGAAAGUUCUCAAACUUUCCAAAUUGUGCGUCUUGAAAAGAUGCCGCGAAACGUUGACGUUGACAGGAUAGGUUUUUGUUUAGAUCUUUAUCGACAGGUCAGAGUGCAGUGUACGUUGCCGUAUGGCGCGUAUCGUUUACAGUGCAACCGAAUACCAAGUCAAAGAAUUAUUGUGAUAUGUUAUAAUGAAUAUAAAUUAUAAUAUCGAAUAUUUCUAAAGCAAAAAAAAAGUUAUUAUUCUUUCUUUUGAUCCUGAUUUAAAUACAGACACCCGGACAUCUUUUACAGGAACAUCCAAUUUACCUCAACAAUAUCGCAUUUUAGUUUAGCGAUUGUUUGUUCGAAAUGAGCCAUGGCGACAUCAAAGAUUAGGCAAACGAAUGUCACUGAGUGACAUCAGUUUCUCUCGAUGCUUAUAGAAAAUUUCGAAGCUGAUAUUUUUCACCUUAUUUUUGUAUUUGAAUGUUUUACACCGAAUGGUCGUUUAAAUGACACGUGAUUAUAUUAUGUUAAAGCGAAUUGAUUUAUAAAUUUAUAAUAAAAUGUUUUCAGCGACUGUUUUACGCUUCUUGAAACCUCUGAUAUAUUGAUCUGAUAUCUUUUUUUCAUAUAUUCUUCGUGGCUACAAUGGGCUUGCAUGCAACUUUUGUUUUCUCUAUUCUUUUUUUCUUUGGUUAUUGUAUCGCUGAUUGAUUACGACAAUUUUCUAUAACAAAGAAAAUUUGCUAGUCCGUCGGCGAUACGUUAAGAGAGUAUUAAUUUUUACUAUUUUUCUUUUUUAAAGCAUCUGAUCACCAUCAUGUUACAGAGGAAGAGUCAGCGCAGAAGAGACAAACUACAUGGAUGAAGACAGAAAUAAAUUGUGAAGACGAAUCACUGAAAAAUGAUAAACCUAAAACAAGUAUAGGACAAAGCUUUAAAAUUGUGUGGGGUCCUCCAGCAAAUAUUGGCCAAGAACAUUCUGAAUCUUGCGAAAUUAUUUCUAUAAAUGAUAGUCAGUCAAUCAUUAACGAAAUUGAAAAUUCUCCGCCAGCUUGGACCAAUUUGGAAGAAGCAAAAUCAAAAGAAAAUUCUCCGAACGAUAAUCAAUUUUCCGAAGUCAGCGAUAACGAAAACCCGAUUAUCCAAAAACCAGUGAACCGGAAAAUGACGUUGAGAAAAAAAAGAAACAAAUUUCGUGAAAGAAGUUCAGAUGACGAACUUGUCAUUGACGAACCUACAACAAGUACUGCGCAAAAUCCUUCGACGAGUAUUGGCAAACAACGUUUUCGGUAUCCCAAAAUUAUUUCUGUAGACGACAGUCAGUCCAGCGAUGACGAAAACUCUUUGCCUUGGACUAAUUGGGAGAAAGCGAAAUUAGAUAUGAAAAUAAAGUGCCCAUAUUGUAAUAUGGGUUUUGAGAAACGCCAUAUACUCGGUAUCCAUAUUUCGACGACAUGUUUGUUGAAUCCUGACUCCAAAACUAACAAACAAGCCGGCAGGUUUAGAUGCGAGGUCUGCGGUCGCAGUUAUAAGGAGAUAAAAUUUCUGAGACAUCACGUGAAGAACGAAUGUCAGAAAUCGAUAACGUGUCCAGAUUGUGGUCGUACCUUGCAAGGAUCAUACAUUCCGGAACGUCAUAAGGAAAAUUUUUGCGUGAAUAAGAGAGGCAGAUCUCGGAAGCAGAUAAAAAAAGAACACUCACCGGAAGAAGUUUUCGAUGAUCAAUCUAGCCUAGAGAAAUCUGAUUAAGUUAAGCGAAACGAUUUUUAACUUAAAAGUUUUUUUUUGUUUAAGUUAAGAUGUUUAAAAAUAAUCAGCAUUUAAUAAUAACGAGAAAGUUUUUUUAGUAUUAUUUGUCAUUUUUGCGUUAAUUUUUAUAUUAUUUGUG